AUGCCACGAGUGGACCAUAUACGCGUAGGGUUCGUCGACUCAGAGAGUCGCUACUGGCCUGUCGACACGAAUUGGGGCAAAGGCGCAGAGAAACUGGCCAACUACCUCUGGAGAGCCAAUGUCAACGGUCGACUCGACCUCGUUCUCGGGAUCGUACCCAACGGCGCUUCGUAUCUCCUUCUGCCACAGGCAUGGGCUGCGGCAUGGGGUGAGCGCGUCGGUGAGCGCCGCGCAUUCUUCGGGAGGUCUUCGCGCAAAACGGAAUACGCGUCACUAUCACCCAUUAGCUUUUUUGAUUACGAAGAUUUGCUCAAGAAGCUCAAGGCAUAUGAGCAAAACUCUGUCAAGAAGAAGAAGCUCGGAAUUGCGGAUACUAGCAGGGCGAAUCGGCACUAUUACAUGACCAGUGGGCAGGAUGAAUCUAAUCUCGGCAAGAUGCGUGCUGAGUAUGAGCAUUCACGUCUAUUCUUUGCGCUGCUACAGUCGACUGAGAGUAACCUGCAACAACUGCCAGGAUUCUUUCGAAAGCCAAACGCUGAUAUGGUUCGACUGCGCGCGGAGGCUUACGCUGUACACUCCCAUUCGGCUCUUGCUCGUGCCCGUAUACUCGCGUUGUCGUUUAGUACUAUCACUGCUGGGACAGUGGACGACAGCCGCGUGUUGGACAUUGGUUGGUGUGAUGUUUCGGUCUCAUCCUUUGGCACCCAAAACGCUGUCAAUUACUCGCUUCAUGAACAGAAGAUAAAGGUCCCCGCGCAACGCUUUAGGCAUGAUCACGUCGCGUCGGAAAUACUCCCAUCGGCUGCCAUAUGCGGCAAGCUUCAACAAAUAUUGGAGUCCGCGAGACCCGAACGCCCUAUCAUUCUUCUAGUACACGGCGCAAAGAAUACACGUCAAGAACUCGAAGGACUCGGUUUACGCACAUUCUCAUGGGCCACGGGUAUCCAUGAUAUAUUAUAUAAGGGAGGUCUUAGAGAUGAAAUGCGCUCGCGUUCGCCGCCACGCCGUGGAUCCGGUAGGCCGAGAUCGCCGCCGCGACCUUCAUCAGCCGUCUACCUCAUUGACGUUAAUGAGCUUGUUGGCUGCGCCAAGGAGAGAGGCACUUCUGUCACUUCCCGCAAUCAUGCACGCGUGCGACAGAUUCUCGAGGAUGCCGCGCUGUGCAACCUCGAUGUACGAGGCCGUGAGACCGAAACGCGUGCCGAUCCUAUGAAUCCUAAGAGCCCGAUGGUGAAGAAGAAUCUGUUCAACGCGGGGCAUGAUAGCAUCUUGAUCGCUGAAACCUGGCUCGCGUUGUGCUCCGGGCCAGACAUUGACGCAUUUCGUGCCAUGCUUGGAGAGGAUGCUCGUAGAGGGCCUAUGGCGGAGGACUCGCCUUCCCCAGAGCCCAACCCUCAACCAGAGCAAGAUGAUGAUAUUGAUCCCAACAUCCAGCCGCCCGCUGGCAGCCCCCAAGCCCCUGCUAUGGGUCCGGCAGAGGCUUAUGAUGCUUACCUUAGCGAUGAGGAAGGAGAAUGGUGA